AGCAAAACAUCAAAACGGCAUGUGGUAGCCAUCAUACUAGCUACCGUUCUCCCUGUUCUUGGAGUCUUGCUCACGAUUUGCCUGAUUCUGUACCUGAUGAGAACGAGCCGUGGUUCGGACAACGUGCUUGUUGCCUCAGACGAUCUGGGCUCAGCUCACGCCAGAGAGCCUAGUGAAGACCAAGAUGCUUCCGUUCCAACUGGGUCAUCGCAUCAGAUGAACGAACAAUCUGGAAACCCUCAUCCCAUACCGCCUGCUAGGCUUCCGGAGAUUGAACUGUUAUGGUCAAACGACUCCCUACGGCACUCUAAACUCAGAUUGUCCGGCAUAGAGCAACCUAAUCGAGAUGGCUGUUCGACACUAUCUCGGACUGAGGAAAACUUGCAAGGAGAGUCGCGCAAUUCUAACACUGUUCAGCCCACAGCGAAGAAUAAUAUUCAGAGGAAAAAUUCAAGCACGAGACCUUCUACAGAGGAUUUUCUGAUUUCAGCGCCUGCCAGUGGAAGUGGAACGAUACUCAAUGUGAAGAACAGAGCCUCAUUACUGCCUGGACUUCAAAGUAUACAGCAGCUCGAGGCUGGUCUUCCGACCAGGAACAGUGGCGCAGGACAUGGUGCCGGAAUCCCUGUAUAUCCGGACAAGGGUCUGAGCCGGAAUUCGUGGAGAGAUACAUGGCUGUCCAAUCCAUCCAGGGAAACUAGGCGGAGCACUGUUGUUCUAGAGUCGUUUCCCAUACCUCCAGGGGACAGGUCGAUACAAGACAGGACCGGGUCCAUGUCAAUAAAAACUAAUUGCCAGCCUCUUGACUUUGAUGACAAUGACGAGUCUCUAUCAUUUGAGACGCGACGUCAAAGGUGGCACACUGAACGCGCACGAGCUCGCUUGGAAGGGGUCGCGCGCUUUUCUAAUGCAGGUACCUCACGACUCGCAUCGUCACCACGAACGUUGGGGGCAGGCAGAAGAAAUCCAAGGGAGCCGGUUGAGCGAUCAACUACAGCAAUGGGGGACAUCACAAACAUCGAGGGCAUUGCGUAUGGAGAGCAUUCAUGGCCAAAACGGCUAGGGACCGGGCCAGUCAAUAUCCGAGUAGGAGGUAUGCCAAAAUUGAGGGGAAAGCCCAGUAUUGCCAGUAGCAGGUAGUUCGAGUCUUUAGCAUCCUCGAGCAGUCAAUGGGAUCCCGAAGACGGCAUACUGCAACUGACAGAUAACCAGGAGUCGGAAUGGGAAUCUGAUGAUGGCUUAGAAGUAUCGCAACGGGGUAUAUCUAGCCAGUUCCUAUAG